GGGCUGGAGCCGGAGGGAGGAGGAGGAGGAGGCGUCCCCAAGCCGCCAUCCUUGCACAGCUCGGGCCGGCCUCCGCCCUUCCGAAUUGGGGUUGCAUCUCUCCCUUUGCCUCUUGGCGGGUGCCUCUUGCAGCCUCCGGCUCUCUUCUUCUUCUUCUUCUUCUUCCUCCUCCUCUUCCUCCUCCUUCCAGCCGCUGCGUUGCUCCGGCUUUCUGGUUGCAUCGGAAACAAAGGAAAAGGCACUUUGCCUCUCCCCCUCCCGCUCCUCCCCGUCCCUCCCCUCCCUCCCUUCCGUCCCCUCUGGACCCCCCCGAAGGCGUCUCGGGGGCAGCCGGAUCGGCCGUGCCUUCCUCGCCCAGCCGGGAAUCCCAAAAUGCCUCGGCUGCAGCCGUCGAGGCCCCGCAGCCAGGCAGGGCUGCCGCCGCCGCCGCUCCUGCUGCUCCUGCUCCUGGCCGGCCACCUCGCCCGGGCUCAACAGUGGCGGAAUGAAAAUUUCGAGCGGCCGAUUGACAUGGAGGGCUCGGGGGACGAUGACUCCUUUGAAGAUGAAGAACUAGAAGAAAUGGAGGACUUCUAUUCGGGAUCUGGCUCUGGAUAUUUCAAGCAGGACCCCGGAUCCAAGACGGUCGUGCGGCUCACCACGGAUUCACCCGUCCUUCUCGCUACCACCUCCGCUGUGUUGCCUAUCACAUCUGUGCAACCGGUUGCCACCCCUUUGGCACCGCUCCCUACCGAGGAGGUGAUUUCUGAUUCAGCUACCAACGGUCUUUACAUCCCCAGGAUUUCAGAAACACCAGCGGUCACCAUCUGGAAAGCGGUAGGUGUUACGACAACCCCGGCAGCCCGCGAUGUGGCUACGACGACGACGACGGCUUCUAGCAUGGCUACCACAGCCUCCACCACAACGGUUACCUCGAGACCAACGACUGCCCUGAGGGACCUGCUGCCUGUGAUCACAAUUGUUGCCGUGACACAGUCGAUGAUGCUCGAAACCCCGACGACGGCGACUGUAGCCAGGACGGAAAUUCCAGCUUCUCCUCUGGGGACGACCGAUGAGACAAAGGCCGGAGAUACGGCCCAGCUCAGCACUUCGCAGGAACCAGAUUUUACCACAGUGCCCCAGCCUCCCACGGCAACACCGACGGAUGCUGCUCAGGCGGAACCUAUGGAGACGACCCUUUCCACAGUUACAAUGAAUGAACUUGAAGUUCCCAUCAGUGGGGACUUUGAAAUCCAUGAGGAGGAAGAGGUAGCUCCGACCGAGCUUGGCAAUGAAGUGGUGCCUCUGGUCACCCCUGCAGCUGGGCCAGGGUUGAAAAAGAAAAUGGAACCAGGGCUCCUGGACAAUACAAUAGAGUCUGGGAAUUCAGCAGCACAACUCCCCCAGAAAAACAUAUUGGAAAGGAAAGAAGUGCUCAUAGCUGUGAUUGUGGGAGGGGUCGUUGGGGCCCUCUUCGCAGCUUUCCUGGUGAUGCUCUUGAUCUAUCGGAUGAAGAAGAAAGACGAAGGAAGCUACACGCUGGAAGAGCCCAAGCAGGCAAGUGUCACAUACCAAAAACCUGACAAGCAGGAGGAAUUUUAUGCAUAGACUGGAACCUCGAGUGCCUCGCCAUCUCUUUCGGUCUCAAUGCUGUCCUUUUUUUAAAAAACAACAACAACAACAACAACAAAAACAUCUCUAAUUCAAACCGCCUCUUUCUAAUCGAGUCUUAUCCAAGUUUAACCUGAAAGAUUGAAGAAAACCAACCAUUUUAAAAAGGGUUGCACAUUUUUACAAGGCAACAGAGCUGACUCUCAUUGUAGCACAGGAGAUCCUGAAAGGAGCGCCGAUGUGGGGGACCCAAGAGGUAGACCUUUUCGGCUGUUUCUCCUGGAAGAUCUUCUGGAAUUAACAGGAAGUCCUGGACUCAUACCUAACUCAGGACUUGAGCACUGAUCUUUUUUAAAAAAAUUAAGUGGACACUUUUGGUUGUCGAUACUUUCUGAUACUCUUCAAGACGAGGGUUUAACUUCACGUGCUAGAAGAUGCAAUAUUUGAUCGACCGGGCUGCUCACGAGCCAUCACCUCUUCCGACUGAGCAACUGUGCUGGAGUUGACCCUUGGGAUUGCUUCCUUGAAGAUAUCACCCGGUCUGCAGAGGGCAACUCCUUAACACUCGUGUCUUGCUUCCUUUCUCCCUUCAUCUCAUCCUUGUUCAACAGCCAAAAGACCUCAGAUGCUACCUUUCUGUUGGCAAACCCAGCCUAAGCUUGCCUUGGUUUCCAACUGAAGCUUGUGCCCAGGUUCAUUGGGAUUCACUGUGAGGUUAAACCUUUGAUUAGCACAGUAUUCCAAGUCUAGGCAAGAGGCUGAAGAGCAUUUUUCCUAAGAUAUUUGAUCGUGAGCAGGAGAUGGCAAUACCCAAUUGGUUUUGUUUUUUUAAAAAAGAAAGUCAAGCUAUCUUCUAAAAUCAUGUAGGAAAUAGAUCAUAUUUCACACAUCUUGAUGAAUGAUGUGGUCAUUUCUUCAUUGAUGGGGGACUGGUGGGAGGUUUAUUGGGGAAGAGUAGAAUGACGUGAGCCUAGUUCUUUGAUUCCAUUGGACUCUGUAAAUAUAUGGAUUAAAAAAAAAAUGAAAUAAGUAUAUAGAGAACUUGAGUGGGGGAGAAUCCUGAUUCUUCUGAAGCAGUUAGUUGUAGAGUAACAGCAAGCAUACAAAAGAAACAUUUCGGUCAAGUUUGUUAAGCAAGUUCAUUUUCCAUAACGAUGUAGGAGAGGUGACUGUGCUGACCCCAAAGAAUUAUAAGGACGUUGUAAACCCCCAGUCUGAACAAAGAACGAGAAUAAAAACAGUAAAUGAACCAGAUAAUUGGAAUGUUGGAUACCAUGCAAUAAAAUCAAGCAAUGGAAAAACCAGUGUUUUAACCUAUUGGAAGGCGAAGUCAGAAUAACAAAUCGGUAGUAAUUGUUUGGAAAGAAAAAAAAAAAGACAUAUGAAUGAUAAAUGUGCUGUAAUUAUGUCAGUGAUAGAAUGUUGUUACAAGAUGCUUGUUGCUCUUGGUAAUUGAUAAUUCCUGUUGCGUUAACUGAAUGUUGUACACAUGCACCUUGAGUAGAAUGCAAUGACCAGAAGCUGUGAUCAUAUUAUUUAUGGUUGUAAGAAGAAAGUAGGAAGGAUGUAGAGUUGUACAUUAACACGCUCCUGACAAAUACAUAUGGAGAAAAGCUGGGAAUUCUGUUUCACUUUUAAAAAAAGGAGAGAAAGUUAAAAAAAAAAAAUCAAAGGUGAAGAUUCCGGCAUCUAAAAGUUUAUCAAAACCACGGAAGAGAAAAAAAAAGUGUUGUUUUUUGAACGAUAGCAAUUUUUAUUGAAUUUUCAAACCAAUACAGUUAAUUAUGGUAGUAGUACUAGUAAUAAUAGAAGUAAUAACGGUUAAGAACCAAAUUAAUACAUUUCCUUUCACCUUCUUUGAGUAAAUUAUAUAUAUCUUUAAAAAAAUUAAACAGCACAAAAGAAAAAAAAGAAUGAAAAAAUAUAUUAAAAAAACACUAAACAUUGUGGAAAAUUAGUACUUUUCUAUUAUGUCAAAGUCAUAGUAUUGUACGGUGUUUAUUCAAAUUGUUACAGGUUCGUUUUUUAAACUUCCUGGUAAACAUGGAGCAUCUGGAGUCAUAUUGUCCAAUAUUGCCUCUUCAUUGCUACAAAAGUUGGAAAGCUCACAAAUUUCAUUAAGUUAUGCUUUGGAACCUUCUAGUAAUAUAUCAGAAUAUAUCUGAUAUAUCAGAAUAUAUCUCCUUCUAGUAAUAUAUCAGAAUCACUUCAAAAGGAAAAAAAAAACAACCAUUCAGAUUUUAUGUAUCCAAACCUUUUUAUAGCUACAGCAUGUUCAGACUUUUGGAAAGCAACAGGUUAGUCCUCGAUUUAUGACCACAGUUGAGCCCCAGAUUUCUGUUGCCAAGCGACAGUUGUUAAGGUAGUUUCGCCCCGUUUUACCGCUUUUCUUGCCAACGUUGUGAAGUGAAUCGCUGCGGUUAUUAAGUUAGUAACAUGGUUGUUAAGUGAAUCAGGCUUCCCCACGGAGUUUCAGACGGUUGCAAAAGGGGAUCACGUGACCCAGGGGACACAGCAACCGGUAUGAGUACAUGUCAGUUGCCAAGCAUCUUGAAUUUUGAUCACGUGACCCCCCCGAGGAUGCUGACAUGGUUGUUAGUGUGAAAAACGAUCCUAAGUCACUUUUUCCAGUGCUGUUGUAACUUUGAAAAGUCACUAAACGAACUGUUGUAAGUGGAGGAUGACCUGUACUUUAUUAACAUUCCUAAACUUGAGGGGAAAAAAAGAAUUAGCGAUUCAAAACAAAACGAAAGAAAUUAAAACACCAAUGGUUAGUUAAAAAUCCUAUCUAUCGCAUAAUAUUAUAAUCAUUUGGACGGGAAAAACAGAUAAAAACCCAUUCCAUCUACAUUCAGCCUCUCCAUAUUGAUUUUCCCUCAAGUUCUCUAACAUGUGGGUUAGAAGAAUCUGAAAAAACAAGGCUUUCAGUUCAUCCGGUAGGCCCGUGAUGGCGAACCUAUGGCAUGCGUGCCAGAGGUGGCAUACAGAGCCCUCUCUGUGGGCACAAGCGCCAUCGCCAGCUGCUCUUCUGGUUUCCAGCAUGCGCAUGAGUGCUGGCCAGGUGGUCUUUGCGCACGCCAGAGUGCUGGAAACCCGAAGACCAGGUGGCCAGCACACGCAGUGGCCAGCUGAUCUUCAGGUUUUCAGCACUCAGGCACAUGUGCAUGUGCAUUCCAGUUUGGUCACUCAAUGCCGAAAAGGUUCGCCAUCCCUGGAGUAGGCCAAAUGAGUAAAGUGAAAAUGAAUUUGUUACAGAGGUUUCCUUUCAUGUACAGAGGGCAAAAACCAACAGAUGGAUAGGAGCGAUACCGUCAUCCCCCACCUCUCCUUCAUGCAAUUAUUAUUGGGCAUGUCUGAGUGGGCAAAUGUUGAUCUGAUGAUCUUGCACUGUGUGCAAGGUGGCACCCAGUGAACUCUCUCACCAUAUAUAUAUAUAUAUAUUGAUAAAUUCAAUGUUUGCCAGCUUUGAACUUUAACAAGCUAAGAAGGAUUAGGCCUGCUUAGUAUUUAGAUGGGAAUCUGGUCAAAAAACAUCUGAGAAGAACAACAGAUGAGAAGACCGGUUUCUGAAUGAUUGUCAAAUUCAGAACAGUCAUCAGGAGGGGAGCCUGACUUGAGAGACACUUAAAUUUGUUGAAUUAACAAAAAACAAAACAGGUAAAAAGGAAAGUGUUGCAAUUACACAUGUGCGUGUGUGUGUAUGUGUGUUUGUGUGUGUCCAUGGAUGUUAUAUAUUCAAACUUGAAGUUUGUGAGGGCACGUGCGUAUUUUUAUUCUCAGCCCAUGUUAAUCCACUAAGGGACAAUCCCCAUUGAAGGUUAUUAUGGACCAUCUUCUAUCGGUGCAGUGCAGGUUGGUAGAAAGAUGUUUUUUUGACCUCUCUAGGACGUGAGAGAAAGUUGCUGGUCUCAGGUGCUCCGUCUGGUUGGGUGCUAAAGGCAGGACUAGAAGCUGGUUCUCUCUGUUCCCAGUCCAGCUUUUUUAGCCACAAUACUGGUUGGCUUGCUGUUGCUCUCUCAUCCCAUUCUCAACCCUCCCCCCCCAAAUCUCUUUAUACCAGAUCGUGUGUCAAGGUAUAGAGUGGGAGGUCUCCUGAGCCCUGAAAAGGUUGCUAAGCUUACAGUCACUUGGAUUGUUCAGCAAACAAUGAUUUAAAUCAGGGGUCUCCAACCUUAGCAACUUUGAGACUUGUGGACUUCAACUCCUAGAGUUCCUCAGCCGCUGAGGAAUUCUGGGAGUUGAAGUCCACAAGUCUUAAAGUUGCCAAGGUUGGAGACCCCUGGUUUAAAUGACUUGGCAAUGUGUCUGAAUCCAUUUAUGGCACUCUAUAAAGAUUUCAGCCGAUUCAAGACAUAUUUUUUUGGUAGUCUGUUCCAGUGGGUUGAGAGAGAUUUAUUCCACGGGAAAAUAUGCAAAGAAUUGCAGCUGUAGAUAUCAAGAAGAUAUAGGCUUCGUUUUUAAGAAUUGUUUGAUGUCUGGACAUGGAAAAUUGCCUCUAGAGGUUUUGAAGGAGAUUUUAUGAGCCUUUUUUUAACAGUGGUGAACAGAAAACCCCCCACUCUUUAGUCAUAACAGUUGAGAGGAAGAACGGACAGGUUUGAUUUAAUGGCUUUAGUCUCACCAGGAAGGAAGGUAAACCAACUGGGAGAAAGGGAAGGAAAAACAGAAGAAAAUGUGAGGCUUAUAUUCCCCUCCGGAGAUAAAAGGAUAAAUGUGGUUAUUCUAAAGAAAACAGAAAUCUGUUGGAGUCUUGUUAUUGCCUGACUCAGUGGUGGGAGCUGGAAUUAGUGGUGCCUCUUAAGUAAUUGUAACCAAAAGGUUUGAACUUGAGAAGUUGAAUAGUUUGCUUUAAGAGAAUAACAGAAUAACAUGAAAAGAUGCUGAGCUGUUAAGAUGCUGAAAUUCAAUUCUAACAGAAUAACGAAGUUGGAAAGGGACCUUGGAAGUCUUCUAGUUCAAUCUCUUGCUCAAGCAGGAAACCCUACAAAAGCUUGUCCAAUCUCUUCUUAGAAGAGCUUAGUCAACUAGUUAACUUUGACUGCAGUCAACUAGUUAACUCUGACUGCAGUUAACUAGUUAACUCAGUUCCUUUUAAUGAUAGAAAGAGAGCUAAUCUCUCUGCCUGUCAACUUGAAUAUACUGCUUAUGAGCUAUUGAGUUUUGGUGUUACGCUAUACUGCUUAAGCCUUUUUCAAUCAGCACUUUAUAGUUGUGUUGGAUAUAAUACAUCAUUUCCAAGUAGGGACACUACAUGACUAUAAAUUAUGGCGUUCACAUUCCAAUAUAUCUGUAGUCACCAAGUUGGGGGGAGCUGUGCUUUAUUUCAAGCUUCGUAGUGAACAAACACAGUAGUUGUCUGAAGCCUCCCACUUAUACAGGAAUUAAGCCACACAUUUCCAAUUCCAGACUUCCUAUCAAACAGUAAUAUUUCGGGUCUAUGACAAUUUGCCAUCACCAACUCACCACAGCCAACUUGUCAUGACUCACUUGCUGUGGCCAACUCACCACGGGACAACUUGCCAUCACCAACUUUCCACGGGUUAAUUCGCUGUGGGACAAGAGUUACACGAAUAUCAAAGAAAUGGUGGAUCGGAAUAAUUCAACAAAAGUUGCAAAAGGAGGGACUGAAUGAAAUGUGAAUGACAAAAUGAAAACAACUUUUUGUUUAUUUUUAAUUAAAUUGAAUUGUUAAAUUGUCCUGUUGCGAGUUGUCCAGCGGUAAGUUGGCCAUGGUAAGUUGUGUUGUCCCACAGCAAGUUGGUCAUGGUGAGUUGGCGGUGGGAAGUUUUCCCAUUCUGUAAUAUUUCUGGCUGUCUUUGCUUCUCAACCUCAAAAAAAGCUUCUGUGUUUUCCUGGGUGGUAGGAAUGGCAGUGUUUCUCAAUCUCAGCCAUUAUAAGAUGCGUGAACUUUGCCUUCCAGAAUUCCAGAGUCAGGCAUGGCUUUUGAAGUCCACACAUCUUAAAAUGGUUGAGAUUGAGAGACACCGAUCUGUGGUAUGGCCAGGUAAAAGAAAUCUAGGAUUGAGGCUCUUAAGUUCUAGAACACUUUCUCUAGUUUGAUACCUUCUAGAUGUGGAGCAGAAUACAACUCCCAGAGUUUUCAAACAAGGUAAUCAAUGGCUGGCAAUUCUAAGAGGGGAUGUUGAACCAGGUAAGAGAUGGAAACCUUAUGGUCCUCCAGAUGUUGCUACAUCUCACCAGCCUCAUCUAGCACGGGGAAUAAAUUAUGUGAGAUGCUGGGACCAACAUCUGGAUAGCCCCAGUUCUUUGCCUCUGGGCUUGAGCAACCAAACAUUCAACUGCGUUGAGGCUUAAUUUGUGCCUUGGAGGCUAAGCUAUUUUGGAAGGCAAGACUAACAAGGCAAGAAAUGAUAUCCUUCUGCAGAAAUACUACUGCAGUAACAAAAAUGUUCCUUCCGCCUUCCCAAAGCUCUUCAAAAGAUGCUCUCUUGCCGUCACCCCUUGCCACUGAGAAAUCUUUCAGAAAGAACUGCCUUAAAUCUUACUCAUGUCAGGACCAGCACAAGGGACCCAGCCAAUCGCUCUGGUGAAAGAUUUAUUUUGAAGAGAAAGCCUUACGAAGUCUCACCUUUGAACAAAUCGCCAUUUCUCUUUAGUAGUGUCUUCAAGUUCAAUGAUAUAGUGGUGAGUUUACUUCUUUUCUAAUUAUGUUCAGCAUUCUAGACUGGUUUGAGGACUGUGCUUUGGAAGAACCAUAGCUCAGUUGCAGAACCCCUGCCUUGUAGAGAAAAAGUUUCAAGUUUAAUCAUUAGUAUCUCCAAGGUAGGGCUGAAAAAAUAUAUAUAUAUAAAUGGACAGUUGCUGCUUAAUCAGAGUAGAAGUCUGAGACAGAUGGCUUUAGAAACAGCAUUCUUGUACUCCACUACAGUGUGUUUAGAUGCAGAUAAUUUUUUCUGUGAUUCAUCUAUACGUGUGUUUUGUGUGAGCGAGAAAUCAGAAAUAGCUUCUUUAAAACUGACAAUCAGAAUAAGAGCAAAAAACAAUAUCAUAUUCAUACACGGUUUUAUACAACUUUUCUAAAAAAAAUUCCUUUUAUCAGUAAAACAGCUUGCUUGCUGCAGUGACUUCACCGUUGUUUGUGUCUCUCAAGACAAAAAAAAAAAAAUCCAAUCUACCAGUUUUGUAAAUAGAAAACAAAACGUGUAUAAAAUUUCAGAAAGAAAGCAUUGAGACAGACGUUCUAUCUCCCCAAUUAACUCUCAAGAAGAAUUGAAAUGGCAGUGAAAAAUUUCAUCAGAAUUUAGUUAAAAUAGCUCAAUAAAAUAGCUCAAAUGAUAUUCUGUGCUAUUAAUUCCGGGGAGCAAAGCGUGUAAAUAUUUUAAAGGGUAAAAUGUCUUAAAAUAAAACAAGAAUGUAUAUAACUUCUAGAGAUUAGUAUCAAAAUGGCUAUUUAGUGUCUGUUUUAAAAAAAUGGAAGACGGAUGACAAAUUUCUUUUAAAAAGAACCACACGUUUAAUUGUUUUUGACCAGAGUCUAUGGCCAAAACUUAAAAAUGAUUAAAAAUAUUUUUUUUUGCCAAUGUAACAUUGUAAUGGUAAUGUCUAUUUUUUUUUUAAUUACUCCUGUGUUGUGCCCAUUUAUAAAAAGGAGCCAAAAUAAACACAAAU